CGCUCCGCACGGAACCACCUCCAGCGAGGGAGGCCGGGGGACUGCAGCACCGAGAUGAAGGGCUAGACCGAGGGGACGCUGCUCAUGCGACGGCCGGGAGCGCCUGCGAGCUGGAUCUGGUGGAGGAUGCUGCGGCAGGUGCUUCGCAGAGGGCUCCAGUCGUUCUGCCACAGGCUGGGCUUGUGCGUGAGCCGGCACCCGGUCUUUUUCCUCACCGUGCCCGCAGUCCUGACCAUCACCUUCGGCCUCAGCGCGCUCAACCGCUUCCAGCCCGAGGGCGACCUGGAGCGCCUCGUCGCUCCCAGCCACAGCCUGGCCAAGAUCGAGCGCAGCCUGGCCAGCAGCCUUUUCCCCCUGGACCAGUCCAAAAGCCAGCUUUAUUCGGACUUACACACCCCUGGGAGGUAUGGCAGGGUGAUCCUCCUCUCCCCACCCGGGGACAAUAUUUUGCUCCAAGCUGAGGGGAUCCUGCAGACCCACCGAGCCGUGCUGGAAAUGAAGGUGAACCACAAGGGCUAUAAUUAUACUUUUUCCCAUCUGUGUGUGUUGAGAAAUCAGGAUAAGAAAUGCGUGCUGGAUGAUAUUAUUUCAGUGCUAGAGGAUCUCAGGCAGGCUGCCGUCUCCAAUAAGACAACAGCCAGGGUGCAAGUGAGGUAUCCCAACACUAAAUUGAAGGAUGGGAGGAACAGUUUUAUUGGACACCAACUGGGCGGGGUAGUGGAAGUGCCAAACAGCAAGGACCAGCGGGUCAAGUCAGCCAGAGCCAUUCAAAUCACCUACUACCUCCAGACGUAUGGCUCUGCCACCCAGGACCUCAUAGGGGAGAAGUGGGAGAAUGAGUUCUGUAAGCUUAUGAAGAAGCUCCAGGAGGAGCACCAGGACCUCCAGCUCUACUCUUUAGCAUCCUUUAGCCUCUGGAGAGACUUUCAUAAGACCAGCAUCCUGGCCAGGAGCAAGGUCCUGGUGAGCCUCGUGCUGAUCCUGACCACAGCCACCCUCUCCAGCUCCAUGAAGGACUGUUUGCGCAGCAAGCCCUUCCUAGGCCUCCUGGGGGUGCUCACAGUGUGCAUCUCCAUUGUCACUGCAGCAGGGAUCUUCUUCAUCACUGAUGGGAAGUACAACUCCACCCUGCUGGGAAUCCCGUUCUUCGCCAUGGGUCAUGGAACUAAAGGAGUAUUUGAGCUUCUGUCUGGAUGGCGGAGAACCAGAGAGAAUUUGCCCUUCAAGGACAGGGUAGCAGAUGCCUAUUCUGAUGUGAUGGUCACCUAUACCAUGACCAGCUCCCUGUACUUCAUUACCUUUGGCAUGGGUGCCAGCCCAUUCACAAACAUAGAGGCUGUGAAGGUCUUCUGUCAGAACAUGUGUGUCUCCAUUCUGUUAAACUACUUCUAUAUUUUCUCCUUCUUCGGCUCCUGUCUCGUUUUUGCUGGCCAACUGGAGCAAAACCGCUACCACAGCAUCUUUUGCUGUAAGAUCCCUUCUGCAGAGUACCUGGACCGCAAACCUGUGUGGUUCCAGACAGUGAUGAGUGAUGGGCAUCAACAGACAUCCCAUCAUGAGACGAACCCCUACCAGCACCACUUUAUUCAGCACUUCCUCCGUGAACAUUACAAUGAAUGGAUUACCAAUAUCUAUGUGAAGCCAUUUGUUGUCAUCCUCUAUCUCAUUUACGCCUCCUUCUCCUUCAUGGGGUGCUUGCAGAUUAGUGACGGAGCCAACAUCAUCAAUCUACUAGCCAGUGAUUCCCCAAGCGUUUCCUAUGCCAUGGUUCAGCAGAAAUAUUUCAGCAACUACAGCCCCGUGAUAGGAUUCUACGUCUACGAGCCCCUUGAGUACUGGAACAGCAGCGUCCAGGAGGACCUACGGAGACUCUGCAGUGGGUUCACCGCAGUGUCCUGGGUGGAGCAGUAUUACCAGUUCCUGAAAGUUAGCAACAUCAGUGCCAACAACAAGAGUGACUUUAUCAGUGUCCUACAAAGUUCGUUUUUAAAAAAGCCAGAAUUCCAGCAUUUUCGAAACGAUAUCAUCUUCUCCAAGGCAGGGGAUGAAAACAACAUCAUUGCUUCUCGCUUGUAUCUAGUAGCCAGGACUAGCAGAGACAAGCAGAAGGAAGUCAUAGAAGUGUUGGAAAAGUUGAGGCCUCUGUCCCUCUCAAAGAGCAUCCGAUUCAUCGUGUUCAACCCCUCCUUUGUGUUCAUGGACCAUUAUGCCUUGUCUGUCACAGUGCCUGUUCUGAUUGCAGGCUUUGGUGUUCUCCUGGUGUUAAUCCUGACUUUUUUCCUAGUGAUCCACCCUCUGGGAAACUUCUGGCUAAUUCUUAGUGUCACCUCAAUUGAGCUGGGUGUUCUGGGCUUAAUGACAUUAUGGAACAUCGACAUGGAUUGCAUUUCUAUCUUGUGCCUUAUCUACACUUUAAAUUUCGCCAUUGACCACUGUGCACCACUGCUUUACACAUUUGUAUUAGCAACUGAGCACACCCGAACACAAUGUAUAAAAAGCUCCCUGCAAGAGCAUGGGACAGCCAUUUUGCAAAAUAUUACUUCUUUUCUUAUUGGGUUGGUCCCCCUCCUAUUUGUGCCUUCGAACCUGACCUUCACACUGUUUAAAUGCUUGCUGCUCACCGGAGGUUGCACACUUCUGCACUGUUUUGUUAUCUUACCUGUGUUCCUAACCUUUUUCCCCCCUUCCAAAAAGCACCACAAGAAAAAGAAACGUGCCAAACGAAAGGAGAGAGAGGAAAUUGAAUGCAUAGAAAUUCAGGAGAACCCUGAUCAUGUCACCACAGUCUGAAGGCUAUAGACUAAUGGAUUAUUUUUCUUUUCCAGUAUUGCACAACGAUGCAGGGCAAGUAAAGCUCAGACCUCAGCUGCUUGGGCUGGCCCGGGGUAACAAGGCAAGUCAGAUCAAGAGUGAAUUAUUCCUGACGCAUCAAGGUGUCUGCUUCCUGGGGGGAAGAGGGAAUCAAACAAGGGGAAAAAGUUCUUUGCAACCUUGUUCUCCACUAAAGAUAAGUUUCUGGAUGUGAUCUUAGAGUUCUUCCAAGGAAUGGAUGAAUCAACGGAGUGUUCGAAGGCCAAAAGAACCAACCGCUUUUAAAAAUAAAAUACUUAGGAGAGAUGGAGAAGAGAAGAAAGGGGGCCUCCAAAUGGGGAAAAAGACAUGGGAAAUGUCAAAAUUGCCAUGGCACUUUUCAUAUUCGUUUUUUGAACAGUUUGGUCAAAGGAAACCUAUGCACUUGGGAAGUACAUAUUUAAUCCUGUCUAAACCAAAGGACUUCCCAAUCCAUUUUAUAUGUACAUAUAUAUGUAUAUAUGUUAUAUAUACAUAUACUUAGAUUUGUCUUUAGUGUACACUGACAUUUGUGUAGAGGGAGGUGUCCGUUUGCAGAUAGGCUGGCCUUUCUCUAGAAAGUCAAAUCAGCCUUAGCCAUAUGUAGAUGCAUUAACGGUCAUUUAAAAUCAAUUCAAGUGUUUCAGCUUCAAGAGUAUUAUUCAACUGUGUGAUAAGCAAAAUAAACAGAGAUGUAAGUCCCUUACAUUCUACAUAUCAUGUUGUCAAUAUUUGAGAUUCUUGCUUUGGAUGACUAAGCAAAAAACAUAAAAAGGCAUUUGAAUUAAUUACCACAUGGCAAGGUUUAAAAUCUCAUGUUAGAGCUAAAUAGUUGAUAUGGCUUUUCAUUGGCUUUUAGUGAUUCUCUGUAUUUGGGGAGGCUGAUUUGGCUGCUUUCAGAGAGCUCACCCACUGCAAAUGAUCACUUUACACGUAUUGUCCAUACAUACAUGUAUAGAGUGCACAAGUUUGUGUGUGUGUGUGUGUGUGUGUGUAUGAGUUUGGGUAUUCCAUAGUUACAGUGUUCUCAUUUUAGAUGGUGAAAAUAUACUGCCAUGGAACAUAGAUAAUUAACAUAGGAGAAAGGAGACAUAACUAGGAAACUUGUUGUAGAGUGAAAUAGAGAAAAUGGACUAUCACCACUCAUCAUGCACCAUCAACUGGUUCUUAGUGUAAGGAAAAUAUUCCAAUCUUAUGAAGUCUAGUGUGUUCCUUGCAUUAAUAUUUGGAACGUUAACCCAGGCCACGAUCACUAUAGUAGUGGUCACUAUACCUACUGCAAUAUCAUUUUGUAGCUUCUUGCAAUAUCGUUGUUCUUGUUACCUGGAAAGUGCUCCUCGGUUGGCCCACCUCUGCGGGUGAUGGUAGCUCUCCACAGGUGGCAUAUUAACUGUAACUGCUGCUGAAUUCUCUCUCACAAAAAGGACUAAGGUAAAUGUUUUCAUUGAGUUCAAGUUUAAAACUGCUCCCCAGCAGAUAGACUCCGUCUGUUGGGUGCUUACUUGGAUUAAUGCUGUGCUUCCUGUCACAGAAAAUUACUAGAAAAUGCCUUUGCCUAUGCCAAGCAGUAAAAUGAGUAAAUUUUCAGGUAGGACUGAACAAAUGUCUGAUGAUUAUAAAAUCUGCCAGGAAGCCCUUUUACCUGGAAAAGAGCUACGGUCUCCCAUCAACUUUGGUUGUAUAUUUUAAUUGAAUUUAAAAUAUUAAAAUCUAAAAAUACAAAAUAUAACAAAACAAAACAAACUACUGGAUUCAUUUCAGUUCAGAAAAUCGACACAAACCAUUCCAUUCUGGUUGUAGUCUUUCGAAAGGAAGUUGCUGAGUUAAUGAAAUAACAAAACCAGUGUACUUUUACAAAUAAAGAGUUUGCCAGAAUAUUGAGGGGAAAGAGAACUUUUUCUAAAAGGAAAAACAUUUAUUUUAUCUUACUGAAUGGCGUUUGUUUUGUCCUACCGUGAGGUUAUUGAGUUUCUGUUAGAAAUGAUCCACGUCUUCUCAACUGUGUUCAUCUGGACACAAUAUCAGUACAUCAAGUAUGGAAAAUAAUUGCCAUAAACAAAGGAUUAUUGUUCUUACAUGAUUUGUAAAGUCAUACCACAGAUAACCCCAGCCUUUUUCCUCCUGGACUGCUCUAAUAGUAUGAACUGCUCUUUGGCACUAGCAGACCAACAGACCGCGAUCUCAUAUCUGAAGUAGAAGUUUCUGAGGAGUUGGUUUUUCGAGGGAGGGGCAAUUCUUCGUUCACAGCUAACUCAUCAUUUGUGAAGAUUUGUUUUACAUUCCUUUCAAAAGAUGGGAGGUAAUCUGCUAAGAAAUUCCGCUAUCACUCCAUUUCUUUCCAAGUUAUGCCAUACUCCAUUCAUUGGCCAAUUUUUAAAAAGCUUAUCUGUUUGGAUCAUUAUUUUUCUUGAUUACCUUAGACAAUUCCACAUGCAAAGAAUAUUGGCAGGCUGAUUUACAAGGAAAGAAUUGAGCAUGCCAGUUGCCAAAUGCAUAUGAGGUUAGUGGCAUUUAUUGCCGAACCACUGGGGUAGUUCUAAUAUCAUGCCUCCAUUUAGAUAGUCUCUAUUUGGAUAGGGAAAAAAACAUUCCUUUUAGAUUAUAUCUUCAAGGAUCAAAAUGACUAAGAUAAAUAUGAAUUUCUCAUUGUACAAGUGAGUAGAGGGGUAGAAUUUUGGAAGGGACGUUAUCUUUUCCAGGACACCCUGGUCCUCUUUAGCGAACUGUAGCAAUAAUUUAUUGAACUGGAAUUUCUUGUUCUGGAAGAGUUAAUAUACCACCCAAAAUUCCUUAACUCCAUCCUAGCAAGUAAUUUAAGUCCAGUAGGAACCUAACUGAGUGUCAUCUGGCCUCCCAACCUCACUGUGAAACAGAUAUUUCCAAGAAUUCCGCUUACUGAAUGCCAAGAUACAUCCUAAAGUAUGGGAUCAUGAUUUGCAGACAAUGCUCAACCUCUGCCUUUUUGGGUAGCUUGUGUGCAACUCUCUCUAGUUUUCAAGUUUACUCCCAUUGUUUUAUCUAUUUGUGAAAUACUGUUGGUGUUCAAAUUAGGAACUUAUCUACUGCUAGAAGAUGACCAAUCAGCUCCUAGAAGAGAAGAAAUCUGUGGGAAAUAUUUCAGAUAAAUAGAAUAUUUCACUUUGUUGAAAUGUGUUUUUCCCUUCAAGUGAGAGAUUUUAAAAGUUUGCAAAACCCCCACCAUUUCUGAAUUUAAACUGAAUGUAGAUUUGUUUCCUCCUAUCAGAAUUUAAAUAUGAAUUAAGUAUCAUAAGAGUUCUACUCUCCAAGAUGGUUAAUAAAGCUUCAAAGAGGUACUCACCCAAAUUAUAGGAGGAGAUUUGGCUAAAAGUUAGAUUCUUAACCUCUUAUAGUUAAAGGUAAUGAUACGCUAACUUAACCAUACAUAACUUUUUUUAAUGAAAGGUUUGCUUAAAUGUCAUCCUAUGAAUUCUUCCAGGGACCGUGAACCUCUUUGAAGGUUGUGCAUAAAUAUUCCAUGAAAGAAUUCUUCUCCACGGUGGUUAUAUCAUGUGAGUGUUUCUUUCCCAUUUGAUUCCUAUUUAUUUCCACAGAAUUCUGGUUUUACCUUAUGAGGUUAGAAGAAGAAUUAUGACAAAUGAAGCUUCUAUGAUGCUAUAACAGCCAUUCUUGAAUGCUGAAUUCAAGAGGGUGAGAGCUUUGUCCAUUUUGUAAUUACCCAUUGCACUUUCCCAUAAUAAGCUAAUCCUUUGAGGCUUGUGGUUAGAGCUAGGGAUUAACUAUUGCCAUUCAGAAUUACAUGUAUUUUUAUAAGUUGACUGUAUAUAUCAUAAUUACAGUCACAUAUUUUUUAUGACCAAAUAGUUAUGAAUGCCUGGCACUAUGCAUGCAUUGUUACUAGUAGUAUAUAGAUUUUUUAAAGAUACUAUUUUCAUGGUGAUUGCAACUUUUAUUAAAAUUCUUAUAUCACCCAUUCAUAAAUGCCUUGUAGGUUUUGGUCCCAAGGGCCUAAAGUCCACAGGAAGUUCCAUUCCAAGGGGAACAAUUUAAAAAUUGCCUUCCCUGAGUGUCAAUGGCAGCAACCUCUUCGAGAAUGUCCUCUGGAGAAUCCUAGAGGCUAAAUCUGGCUUCCAGAUAAAGAUCAGAGCGGAUUCUGUGUUACUCAGUCAUUAAGCAUACUUUAAUGCCCUGUGUUUGUUAAUCUCAUGAUGAACCAGAGAAUACAAUGCCUUGAGACUAGAAUAUAGAUGUUGUCUCUUGUGGAUUGGAGAACUUAAUGAUUUGCUCAGCCUGUUUCUAGAGAGUCUCUUUUGUCGGUGUUUGUAAAUGGUAUUGAUAACCCUUUCAAAUAUGAACCUGAAAACUGUCAUUUAUUCCAAAAGAGAUUUAGAAGCGUUUUUAUUCCCCUUAAAAACAAAAAACAACAACAACAAAACACUUCUUGCUUUUUCUGUGUUACAAAGAGAAUUUUAUGACAAGUUUUAUAACAUUGACUCAAAACCUAGCUAUAGACAAAUGGGUAUGCCCUUGAAAUCUCCCCAUCUUGAAUCUAAACAUAAAGCUCAGCAUCAUCAGCGUGGUGCAGGCAUUUACAUCAACCCUUUUAAGCAAUGAUCUGCCAAUAUAUUAUGUAGGGAGAAAAUGAGCUAGAUUUUUUUUUAUUGGUUUCUCUUCAAAAUCAUGACUGCAAAUAUAUUUAUUCAAAUGAAAGCAGCAAAGCCAUAAAUAAAAGUAACAAAGCCUCUUUGCAUCAGGUCCAGCAUGGUAGGGACUAUAGAUAGGUAAAAUAGCAGUAAAUUACCUUGAUUUCUAAACUAAAGAGCCAAGGUUUAACUCACCAUUAUGUUUUAGUUAGAAGGGCAAGUGUUUGUGCUUGAAGAGAUGCAGAUUUGGAUCAGGUAACAUUUGGAGUAAGGUUGAAAGACUGUUGAGAAAUGAGCCUACAUACUUAGAAAUCAAGAUGUCAGUAAGAAGGGAUGAUAGAGCAUGUGGGAAAAUUGCACAUAUUUUACAGUUUAGCAUCCAGCACAGAGAAUUGCACGGUGCCUCAAAACUAUAGAUUCUCAACUGCUAGCAAAGUUGAUCAGAUGCAAUUAUAUCUCACUUGAAGUUUCUCUUCUCAUUUGUCAGAUUCUGAUCUUUGUGGGGAAAGUGCUCCUGGAUUUCCAAGCGUUAACCAGAGCUAUAGAUGAUUUUGUGAGUGAAAGUGGGAUGUUAGGGGGACUCCUUGAAAAGAAGCUUCAAGUUAACACCCAGAUAAGCAUUAUUCAUUCCCAGAGAUGGCUGUCAACAUUGCUCUGAUUUUGUGCGUCUUUGAGACAUAACAAAUACUCUUUUGAUGUCUUCUCUGUACUUAAUGAAGAUCUCUCUGUUGCUGAUAGAGAAGCCACUUGCUUAUAAAAUGGAAAACAAUUUGAAGAGAGAAAUAUAUAGGGUCAAAAAUCAUAUACUAGAAUAGUACAGAUGACUAGUCGACAGAUAACAUCAUAUCUCUGCUGCAUUUCUAAAGACGUCAUCAAAAUUAUAUCGACUUAUAUCCUAAAUUGAUAACCUCUAUAAGGUAGAUAUUUUUAAUAUAAUAAAGUAUUUAUAAAAAAAUCAUUGCUAAUUUUUCACUUUUAUAAAUUAUAGAAAGUCAAUCCCUACUAUUUUUCCCAGUUGACAUUUUCCCCUAGAAAGUUUUCACAGGUCCUGCUAAUUAUGAAGUCUUAAAAAUCAGAAGGCAGGGGCCGGCCCAGUGGCACAGCGGUUAAGUUCACACGUUCCGCUUCUCAGCGGCCCGGGGUU